AUGAGUAGAACGCCAAACAUUGAGCACGCUAACUCCUCUGACGGAUACAAUGUUCGUCGUCCAGAAGAGGUUACAAGGCCUGGUGAGAGGCCGCAACGACGCUAUGACGACGCACGUGAUGAGAGAGAUCCGCCUGGCUUCCUCGCUGGCUUCAAUCCCAUGGCCUCGUUCCAGCGAAUGAUGGAUCACAUGAACGAUUUCUUUGGGAGUACUCGAAGCAUUUUUGGAAACAUGGAUAAGAUGUUCGAGGAUGCGCGACACGACCCCGAGGGCACACACUAUGUCAGCAGCACCAGUAUGUGCAUGCUCCCCGGGGGCGUGAAGGAGGUUAAGCAGCGCAUAGUCUCAAACGGGAAGGACGUAGAAACGCAUACGAGAGCAAUAGGCGACAAGUACAUAUCGAAUAAGCGUGAGCGGGACAUCAGAACGGGUCGUGAAGACGUGAGUCGCGACCUCUACGAUGUCAAGGAGCACGAGGUAGACUCCUUCACUCGGGACUUCGACGACAGAAUGAGCAAAAUGCCCAUGCGCGAGCUUUUCGACCGAAGUCACCAAAAUGCCUUGUUCGGCGGGUGGGACGAGUACGAUCGUGCAUAUGAUACGCGCAGGGCGCUGCAGGAUCGCAGUAGCAAUCGCUACGAUAGCCGCAAUGAUGAUGGCUAUGGCGGUCGCCGCCGCGAUGACUACCACAGAGAUGAGGAUCGCUAUGGAUCCGAUCGAUAUGCGGGAAGACACUCAUCCGGUAAUCGUCGCUACUAA